AUGCGCGUUAUCAGCUGUUUAUUUUCGCUUUGGAUUUCAAUUGUAUUUAUUUGUACACCUGUGGAAGGUGUGAAAUCAUACCUUUUUAAGACAUGCGAGCAGUCAGGCUUUUGUUCCAGGAACAGACAUCUAGCAGGUGAGAUAGCCAAGGCUGGAGGUGAAUACCAGCCUAGAUACUCAGUGAACAUAGAAUCCAUACUUGCUCACGAUAACGGUACAGUUUCGGGGCUGAUAGAGAAGUCCUUGAAUGAUGGGUCUGUUGUUGGACUGCCGUUCACCAUUAGUGUUCUGGAGGACAGCAACCUGAGACUGACGAUUGACGAGGCCCGGAGGCUUGUGGGCGGUCUUGGGGUUUCUAAUGGGAAAUUGAAGACGAGGAGAUACAAUGAGGCUGCUGACUGGGCAUUGCAAGAUGGGAAACCUCGAAUUGCCGAGAAAGGUGCUGUUGAGGUGAAGACGUCAUCUGACAGUCUCCAGUUGAAAUAUGGCGAGUAUGAAACAUCAGUACAGUACUAUCCCUUCAAAGUUGCUGUAAAAUACAAAGGAGAGACUCAAUUGAUUUUGAACCACGAUAACCUACUGAACAUCGAACAUUUCAGGACGAAAGAGGAACAAACGGCCGAGGAUUCCAUCCAUGUCUCUCCAGAAGAAUCUACUUUUGACAGCUUUCAGGACAGCUUCAAGGACAGCAAGAAGGACAAACUACCGUUCGGACCAGAAUCAGUGUCUGUGGAUGUAUCAUUCGUGGGAUAUGACCAUGUUUAUGGCAUUCCAGAGCAUGCCGACUCUCUCGAACUAAAAGAUACCGUUGGUGCCGAGCCUUACAGGCUGUACAAUGUGGACAUUUUCGAGUAUGAGAUCAAUAGCAGAUUGCCAAUGUACGGAGCCAUUCCUUUCAUGUUUGGUGUCAAGCCCGGAUUUGCAAGUGGUGUCUUUUGGAUGAACAGUGCUGAUACUUAUGUUGACAUUGAGAGAGUAAAGCAUGGAGAAUCUACGUUAACUACAGAGAAGAGAACCACUUCUCAUUGGAUGUCGGAAUCUGGAGUUUUGGAUGUGGUAUUUUUCGUGAAAGAAUCACCACAGGAACUGUCUACCUCUUAUGGGUCCCUCACCGGUUUUGUCCAAUUACCCAACCUGUUCUCAUUAGGAUAUCACCAAUGCAGGUGGAAUUAUAACGACGAGUCCGACGUUUUGCAAGUCCACAAUAACAUGGACAAGUACGGAAUCCCAUAUGACACGAUCUGGCUAGACAUUGAAUAUACCGAGGAGAAAAAGUACUUCACCUGGAAGAAAGAGCUGUUCCCGGAUCCCGACAGGAUGCUCUCUGUUCUCGAUGAAACUGGUCGUUACAUGGUGGUGAUUAUUGAUCCACAUCUCAAGGUCAAUUACGAGGUCAGCGAUUAUGUUGUCAAGCACAGCUUGGGAGUUCGCGAUUCUGACUGCAAAAAGACCUACCACGGCCACUGUUGGCCUGGUGAAAGUGUCUGGAUUGACACACUUGACCCUGAGGCCAGUCAAUACUGGUCCGAGUUGUAUGUGAAUGGCUCAAGGCUGAUGGGAAACUCACAGAACUUGCACAUAUGGAAUGACAUGAACGAGCCAUCGGUGUUCAACGGACCUGAGACCUCUGCUCCGAAAGACUUGGUCCAUUUCCAGAACUGGGAGCACAGAUCUGUUCACAAUCUUUAUGGAAUGACUUUUCAUGAGGCUACAUAUGACGCUUUGAAGACAAGAUUCUACAACCAGCGCCCAUUCAUUUUAACGAGAUCGUUCUUUUCUGGUUCUCAGCGGACGGCAGCCAUGUGGACAGGAGACAACAUGGCCAAAUGGGAAUACCUUAGAGGCUCCAUUCCAAUGGUGCUCACCCUCAACGUUGUUGGAAUGCCAUUUGCAGGAGCAGAUGUAGGCGGAUUUUUUGGAGAUCCAAGCAAAGAGUUGUUGGUUAGGUGGUACCAGACAGGUAUAUGGUACCCCUUCUUCAGAGCACACGCUCACAUCGACUCUAGAAGGCGAGAGCCUUGGAUUGCAGGCGAACCAUACACGUCUAUAAUGAGAGAUGCAGUUAGACUGAGAUACGCUCUUUUGCCUGUUUUCUAUACUGCUUUCCAAGAGAGUCAUACUGUGGGGACACCAGUGAUGAGGCCAGUAUUUUAUGAGACGCCUAACAACGUUGCGUCCUACGGUAUUGAGGAUGAGUUUUUCGUGGGGAACUCUGGUCUUCUGGUAAAACCUGUGGUGGAUGAGGGUGCAACAUCCGUCGAUGUGUAUCUUCCAGAUGAUGAGCUCUAUUACGACUUCCAGACCUUCAUUGCGCUCCAUGGACAAGGCUUCCAUACGGUGGAAGCACCGCUCGAGAAGAUCCCCGUCUUCAUCAAAGGUGGUCAUGUGGUUGCCAUGAAGCAGAGAUACAGAAGAUCCUCGAAGCUGAUGAAAUACGACCCAUACACUCUGGUAAUUGCUCUCAGCUCAAAAGGUUCGGCUUCAGGAAAACUAUACAUUGACGACGGUGAGACUUUCGACAACGAGCUGGGAGAUUUCGUUAAUGUCGCGUUCACCUUCGAUGGCAGAAAGCUGUCGUCUUCGGUUACGGGAGGUCUCGACCAGCCCUUUGUGCAAUCGCUCGCUAGAGUGACGGUGGAAAGGAUUAUCUUCAUUGGAGAUCUGAAGCCAAGCAAGGAAAUCAAAGUCUCGCAAGGAGGAGAACAAUGGGUUGCACAGUACGAGUCUUCGGAGGGAGCAAUCACUAUUAAGAACCCCCAGGUGAAAAUCAACAGCGAUUGGACGGUUUCUGUUUAA